AUGUUGAAUUUUUCUUUCACUUGAUUUUGUAAAUGAAUUUGGAAUGCACUAGCUGAGCUUAUUAUUUAAAUGAGAUCUGGGAAGUCUGUUUAUUUUAAUAGUGUGCUCUUAUAGCCAUUUAUGAGUAAGUUUUACAUGUAAGUGGGUUUUAUAUAUAAAAGAGGACUGGUGAUACUACUAUAUUCUUUUUCCACUUAAGUCAACAGGGUCUAGAAAAAAUAGGAAUGGAGUUAGCAGAAUUUAUAUUCUAUUUCUAGGUCUUCUACUAGGUAUGGUCUUUAUAUCUUAAUCUUUAUGCCUCAGUUUCAUUCUCUCAAAUAGAUGACAAUAUCUAUCUACUGUAAGUUAUUGCUUUGAAAUUUAAGUUAUAACUGCAGAUGUAAAAAUACUUUGCAAAAAGUUGAAAGUUUUACAAGUAAGAGUUUUUAAUUUUUAUUCUCAGCAAACUCUUGUCUUUAAUUCUGUGUUUAUAUAGUUGUACCUGCUGGGAUUUUAGAAUUAAUAUCUGAAAUUGAAAUUCAUCCUUGUUCAUUUAAUUUUCUGUCUAACCUUGACCUUUUCAAUUCACAACUAAUCUUCCUUUCUUACGUUUUUUUCCCUGGUCCUAGAAGUAUCAACAGUAUUAUCUCUUAGUAUUUAAUAGAUUCAGGUAGAAAAUAGCAUUUGUGUUAUAUGGUUGCUUGUAAUUUAGGGGUAUAUACUGUACCGAGAGUUACUUAUAGUACAAAACAUUUUGCAAACAACUAAAUUGUUAUUGUGACUUUUAUACUUGAUACUUCACUUAAACAGUUUUUAACUACUCAAACUACACUUUGUCCUGAUUUCAGUUUACUUACUGUCAUCACAUUAGUACACCUUUGGAAAUUAUACUACGGCCAUUUGCCAGUACUGUGGUUUUUAAAUUUUAGUGGAGGAAAUAAGUAACUUACUAAAUGAGCUCACCUAAGAGCCAUGGAUCGGCUAUAAUUUUUGAGGUAUAAAAACCCAGCACUUUGGAAUCUUAGGUUAUGUAAGGAUAGUUAUUUCAGUAUAGAUGUCACUAAGCUGUGGUUUUGUAGAAUUGUGCUUGGAGGUUUUAACUUUUAUUUUAAUUAAAUUCAUAUGCUGAUGUUAUUUUGUUUUAGGUCUAUCUUUUAAGCAUACAGCUGGAUUUGAUUUAUUCAAUUUGAGAGGAUCUUUUAACAGGGCUAUUUCUGAGCAGUAGGUGUUACAAGUACUCCCUGAACAACCAGUUCCAAAUCCUGUCGUCAAAUCCUAUGCUCCUGUUCCAAAUGGUAACAGAUACAUAAUUUUUAUUUAAAAGAAAUGAGUGUAACUAGUAUUGCAUUAAGAGUUGAAACCUGGCUUUUAGCUACAUGGCAUGUAAAAGUACCGCUAUUGUGGCUGGAAGCUUGUAUUCACUGGAUCCAAGAAGAAAAUAAUAAUAUUAAUUUGAGUCAGGCACAAAUAAAUAAACAAGUUUUUGAGCAAUGGCUCCUUACCGAUCUGAAAGAUUUGGAGCUUCCUCUUUUACCUGAUGGCAUUUUAGAAGUUCCAAAAGGAGAACUGAAUGGAUAUUUUGCUCUGCAGAUUAAUUCAUUGGUUGAUGUAAGUCAACCUGCAUAUUCCCAGAUACAAAAGUUGAGAGGAAAGAAUACUAUGAAUGAGCUAAUUACAGCUGAAACACAAGUAACCCCAAAGCCUUGGGAAGCAAAGCCUUCACGAAUGUUGAUGCUACAGCUAACUGAUGGAAUUGUACAAGUGCAGGGAAUGGAAUAUCAGCCUAUUCCAGCUCUUCAUAGUAAUCUUCCUCCAGGCACAAAAAUUUUGAUUUAUGGAAUCGUUUCUUUUCGCCUUGGUGUUCUCUUACUGAAACCAGAAAAUGUGAAGGUAUUGGGAGGAGAAGUAGAUGCUCUUUUAGAGGAAUAUGCCCAAGAAAAAGUACUUGGAAGAUUAAUUGGGGAACCUGAUCCUGUAGUUUCAAUCAUACCAAAUAAUUCUAACCAAAGCAUUCCCAGAAAUACAGAUGAUCUAGAUCUUGUGUUAGGACCUUCUGAUGAAGAACUCUUGGCAAGUCUUGAUGAAAAUGAUGAGCUUGCAGCAAUUAAUGCCACCUCCUUGGAAAGAAGAUACUUUAGCACAGGUAGUUCCUCAAAUGCUGUUCCCACAAGACAGUCGGGUUUUGAACCAGGACUUGUUAUUUCUCCAAGACCAAAGGAGAAACCACCAAAUCAAUCUGUGCAUUUCACUGAUGGGGAAUUAGAUGACUUUUCAUUGGCAGAGGCCUUGCUUUUAGAAGAAGCUGCCCAGGAAGAAAAAAUGGACACUAAAGAAUUGCAGCCAUUGACUUUGAACAGAAUCACAGAAGAAAAUAUAGUGAGAUCUUCACCUGAGCCUAAUGCUCUGAAUAAUUUUUCUGUGAUUUGCAAAAAUGGUAACAGUUGGAAUGAAAAAAAUUUAUCUGAACAGAUGACUAAUGAAGACAAAUCUUUUAGUUGUUUAUCUCCUAUAGAUCACAACAGUAGUGUUUUUUCAGUUCAUGAUAAUAUACACCUGUACCAUGACUUUACAAAUAAAGAAAAGAACUCAGAGACAGGGGAUAAAGUAAAACAAACCAUCAGCAGUUCAGAUAUACAUUCCUUAAAUAAUAAAAUUUUAAAUGAAGAACUAGUUAAUUAUGUACCAAAAAGAAAUUCACAAAUUUCUAAUGAAAAUGAUCACCAUUUUCAGCAUUGUUCUCCAAGAUCAUCAGAAUACAGCACUAAUCUUUCUAUCACCAUGGAUUUGUAUUCUCCCCCCUUUAUCUAUUUGUCUGUUCUAAUGGCCAGCAAACCAAAGAAAGUUGUAACAGUAAAAGUCAAAGCCUUUAUUGUAACCUUAACUGGAAACCUCUCAAGUUCUGGUGGCAUAUGGAGUAUAGCAGCAAAGAUUUCUGAUGGUACUGCAUAUCUAGAUGUAGACUUUGUGGAUGAAAUACUUACUAGUUUGAUAGGGUUUUCAGUACCAGAGAUGAAAAAGUUAAAAAAAGAACCUGUUCAGUACCAAAAAUUCAUGGAAGGUUUGCAGAAAUGUCAGCGAGAUCUAAUAGAUUUGUGCUGUCUAAUGACUAUUUCGUUUAAUCCCUCCUUGUCUAAAGCAAUGGUACUGGCAUUAGCAGAUGUUAAUGUGGAACACCUUGAGAACCUAAAGAAGCGAUUGAAUAAGUAAUUUACUAACAUAGAAAACAAUGUUAUUUAGAAUUUAUAGAAAACAAUGAAAUAUUUAGAAUUUGUCCUUUUAUUUGAAACUUUUUGUAAAGGGACAAUGGAAGUUUCAUGACUUCAAUUUAAAAGUGUUAAUCAUGUUUGUGUGUUUAGGUUUUCUUAAUAAAAUUUUUAUAGCAACUAUUAAAAAAGGAACUUGG